AUGGAAGCCUACCUUGAUGCUAGUGAUCUAUGGGAAGCUGUUAGUGAGGAAUAUGAAGUUCCUCCUCCGUCCGACAAUCGAACUAUGGCUCAGAUAAAACUACACAAUGAGAGGAGGAAAAUGAAAUCAAAGGCAAAAGCUAGUCUAUUUGCAGUUGUCUCAUCUACAAUUUUCACCAAAAUCAUGACAUUGAAGACAGCAAAUGAAAUAUGGAACUUCCUGAAGAAGGAAUAUGAAGGAAAUGAACGAGUCAAAGGUAUGCAAGUGCUGAACCUGAUUAGAGAAUUUGAUAUGCAAAGGAUGAAAGAAUCAGAAACAAUCAAGGAUUACUCAGACAGACUUCUUAGUACUGUUAACAAAGUAAGACUUCUUGGUACUUACUUUUCUGAUUCUAGAAUAGUUCAGAAAAUUUUUAUAAUAGUUCCUGAAAAGUUUGAGACUACAAUAUCAUCUCUAGAAAACUCAAAAGGUGUGUCAAGUAUCACCUUGGCAGAGCUGUUGAAUGCAUUACAGGCUCAAGAACAAAGGAGGCUUAUGAGACAAGAAGAAUCUGUGGAGGGUGUUUUUCAGGCCAUAUCUCAGUACAAGAAAGAGAUGCAAAGCAACAAUAACAACAGCAACAACACUCAAAAGUUUCCACCAUGUCCUUAUUGUAAAAAAUUCAAUCAUCCACAAAAAAAGGUGUUGGUGGAGGCCGGAUGUAAGAUGUCACAAGUGUGGCCAGCUAGGGCAUGUGGAAAGGAUAUGCAAAUCUCAACAGCAGCAAGGAGAAGUUAA